GUGGGCACUGUCCCCCCCACGGUAGGGGGUGAGGGUUUGUUGUGUUGUUUGCAAUGAGUGCCAGCCAUUUGGUGUGAAGCAAAAAUGCAUGGACGACUCUGAUGUUAGACUCCCCAGCCUAGAUUCGGUGCUGCCAACUCAUAGAACUUCCUUGUUUGGUUUGCUAUGGGAUGCGACUUAUUAGCAAAGGUCUAACAAUUGAAUGCAUGACGGCCUAGUGAGAUGGCUGCUGUUGGUGCAUGCACUGAUGAUGGCCAUGCUCUUGGCAGACAGCAGUGGAGCAGCCUGCAGGGGCCGCUUUUGUCGAAAGAGUGGUAGUACAUGUCGGGUAGUUUGUGAAUGCGCGCUCCGUCAUUUGCCCACUUGCCGACCGCAUACACCAAAGCUUGCGGCAAACAACAGGAAAACGGCAAACAACUCCAAGAAGCUUGCAUUAACGGUCGACGCAGGAACUGACGAGGAUAAUGACGUUGCGGUGUUCCUCUUGGCUGCGCAGUUUGGAGUGGAAGCACAGCUACAUAAGCCCGAACCUUCAUCUUCACGUCUGCCACAAAAUGGCUGCUGCAGCCCAACACCUUUUCCAAGCCUAUCCAAGCCUACAAGAGUAACCGAGCGAGCACCCAACACCGCCAGCGGCAUUCCAGCUGUUGCUGCCGCCAUCACCUCCGCCGUCUCAGCAGCAGCAGCAGCAGGAACUCCCGGCGGCACUGCUGUGCUUAAUUAG